CAACUAACUCGGUUAGUAGCACAGUUAAAGCCAACUGCACCUCUGGGAACCUCCCAAGUUUCCCGUCCACAAUAAUCAAUGGCGGUGAAAGAGACUUCUCCCAAUCCGACGGUGGAGAUCAACGAUCUCAGUUUCACCUACCCCGGCAUAGACGGCCAUCCUCCGCCGGGCUCCGCCCCCCUCAUCGACGGCUUCUCCCUCACUCUCCACGCCGGCGAUCGCUGCCUCCUCGUCGGCUCCAAUGGCGCCGGGAAAACGACGAUUCUCAAGAUUCUCGGAGGGAAGCACAUGGUGGAGCCUGACAUGGUUCGCGUGCUUGGGAGAUCGGCGUUUCACGACACGUUUUUGACGUCUUCCGGUGAUCUCUGUUACCUCGGUGGAGAGUGGAGGCGAGAGGUUGCUUUUGCUGGCUUUGAGGUGCCAAUACAAAUGGAUGUUUCUGCUGAGAAGAUGAUUUUUGGGGUUUCUGGAAUUGAUCCUCAGAGAAGAACUGAACUCAUUAAGGUGUUAGGUAUUGAUCUAUCAUGGAGAAUGCACAGAGCAUCUGAUGGUCAAAGAAGACGUGUGCAGAUCUGCAUGGGUCUCUUAAAGCCAUUCAAGGUGCUUCUUCUCGAUGAGAUUACAGUGGACCUUGAUGUGCUUGCAAGGGCCGACCUGCUCAAGUUUCUUAGAAAGGAAUGUGAAGAGCGAGGUGCUACAAUUAUAUAUGCAACACAUAUCUUUGAUGGUCUUGAGGAUUGGCCAUCACAUAUUGUUUAUGUUGCUCAUGGGAAAUUGCAACUAUCAAUGCCAAUGCAUAAAGUUAAUGAGAUCAGCAAUUUGUCACUUAUGAGAACAGUGGAGCGCUGGCUGCGGAAAGAAAGAGACGAGGAGAGGAAGAGAAGGAAAGAAAGGAAGGCAAACGGUCUUCCGGAAUUUGAAAAGCAUGUCGAGGGCAGCCGUGUGACUGGGGAUCCAGCCCGUGCGCACGUCCGUGCAAUGAACAAUGGGUGGGCUGCAGGAAGGCUGCAUUCCACCAUUGCUGGUGAAGAGAAUUUCGUGUUCAGCUCAAACAGGGUUCUCAGACAAUAAUUCAAUUCAACCCAAAAUCUGCUCCAUGCCUGGAAUGAUUAAGGUACAACAAGUGGUUUGCACCUCCUACAUGAUUAAUGUGUCCCUCAGGUCUUAUAAUCGGUAAUGCCGUAAUACCAUUGUUGCUGUAAUUAGUAACCCUCCUCUAUAUAUAAAACCUCUUGGUUAAGAAUAACUAUCAUGAAUCAUGAUAGAUCAUUUAUCAUCCCUUACAGGAAAUAGUACUUCCCAGUACCAUUAGUUACAUUGGCUGCUGAAUUGUAAUACCCGAAAUAUAUGUUUCUUGCAUUCUGAUGAAACUGUUGCAUUACGG